AUGACAGUAGAUCUAGAUAGAUAUUUAAAACUUGGAAAAGAUCAUUAUAUAGCAUUGGGACUUGAGGGUUCAGCAAAUAAAUUAGGGGUAGGUGUAAUAAAACAUAAAAAAGGACAAUUAACAUCAGAUAAUCAAGCAGAAGUACUAUCAAAUAUACGAGAUACAUAUAUAACACCACCAGGUGAAGGUUUUUUACCGAGAGAUACAGCAAGACAUCAUAGAAAUUGGGUUAUAAGAGUAAUAAAAAGAGCACUUGCUACAGCAAAAAUAAAAGGAAAAGAUAUUGAUUGUAUAUGUUUUACUCAAGGUCCUGGAAUGGGAGCUCCAUUACAAAGUGUUGUUAUAGCUGCAAGAACUUUAUCACAAUUAUGGUCAAUACCAUUAGUUGGAGUCAAUCAUUGUGUUGGACAUAUCGAAAUGGGAAGAGAAAUAACUGGAGCUUUAAAUCCUGUUGUAUUAUAUGUUAGUGGUGGUAAUACUCAAGUUAUAGCAUAUUCGAAACAAAGGUAUAGAAUUUUUGGAGAAACUUUAGAUAUUGCAAUUGGAAAUUGUUUAGAUAGAUUUGCAAGAACUUUAAAAAUUCCAAAUGAACCAGCACCAGGAUAUAAUAUUGAACAAUUAGCUAAAAAGGGUAAGAAAUUGGUAAAUUUACCGUAUACUGUGAAGGGGAUGGAUUUAUCAAUGUCAGGAAUACUAGCAUAUAUCGACAAUAUAGCAAAGGAUCUAUUUAAUGGUAAGAAUUCAAAAUUAGUUAUAGAUGAAGAAUCAGGUGAAUUAAUAACUCCCGAAGAUCUUUGUUUUUCAUUACAAGAAAUUUUAUUUAGUAUGUUAGUUGAAAUUACUGAGAGAGCAUUGGCACAUGUUGAUAGUAAUCAAGUAUUAAUAGUAGGAGGUGUUGGAUCCAACAAGAGAUUACAAGAAAUGAUGAAAUUAAUGAUUGAAGAUAGAGCAAAUGGUCAAAUUUUUGCAACUGAUGAAAGAUUUUGUAUUGAUAAUGGGAUUAUGAUUGCUCAUGCUGGCUUGUUACAGUAUAGAAUGGGAGAAGUUAAUGAACUAAAAGAUACUGUUUGUACGCAGAGGUUUAGAACUGAUGAAGUAUUUGUUAAAUGGAGAGAUGAUUAG